AUGAUCCGGACGACUCCCAGCAUGCGUGGGAUGAAGCAUCCGACCACCACCAACCAGCAGCCGCAGGGAGGCGUCGGGAUCGUUUUCUUACAGGAUCACAGGCAGGAUCUUUACGUUCACUUCUUGGUGGAGAAUGGACCAGCGCAUCUCAGCGGAGUGAUUUCUCCUGGCGAUGAACUGCGUAGCAUUGAUUCUCGACACAUCCAAGAGGAGGGCACGGACCUGUCGAUGCUUUCUGGCCCUCAUGGAUCAUUUGUCACGCUGAGUUUCCGGCGCAAGUCAAUCGAUCAUGUGAACUCAAGCGAGGAUUAUUAUGUGCAGCUUAUCCGUGAUGCCAACUACUACCCUGAUGUUCUUGCAGUGCCACCAGAAGAUGAGAAAGUUUUGGUCUAA